AUGUCUCCUGCCGCCAUCCACAGCAUCGCCAACGUAUUCGGCUCCACGAAGGAUAUUGGCGAGAUCUUAAAGAGCUUUGACUUUAACCAGAUGAACGUUAAGGACUCGUCCAGAGAUGAUCACCUCAACAUCGGGCUCGCCCCGUCGUUUGGGACGCUCGAUCGUGAAUCCAUUAAGAACGUAGAUGAAAAGCUGAAGGUCAUGAUUGUUGGCACAACCAAGCUGAUUGCGAAGAUGCCGCCGCAUAAGCGCUCCUGGGACAACAUCGUGUCGGUGUUGAUGCAGAACCCACUCAUUGAACCCCUGGACGAUGGAAUCAGCAGGGCGGACAAAUUAAUUAAAGAGGGUGUUCACUUCUUCAAGUUUGAUGGUGCCCCGGAGCUGGCCGUCGUCCGAGAGGUCCACAACUGGUUCGUGGCACUCAUUGCCGACGAGGACGUCCUUAACAGCACGAAGAUCGACAUCGACGUUAUGGGCAGCAUUGUCGCCCAGACAGGCGCGACCGUCGUCAGCCUCGAAACUCUCAUCUACAAGCAAGAGUCACACAGCAAGACGCUCGUCGACAUUGGCGUCCUGAGGUAUCCCGAUCCUGAUCAUCCUUACUUCAAGGUGUACCGCAUCAAGCUCACUGCCUGGAGUCAAUCUACACGAGUCGCCUUUAUCCAAGGCGACGAGAACGGCAUCACCGGAGAAUACAACGUUCGCCGCUUCAGGCCCCGCGCGUCUGUCAUUGCUGAGAUGCGCGAGAAGGUGACAAAGAAGGCUGCGAAGGAGGCUGAAAGUCUGUUCGACUGA